CCAAAGGAAGCAGACGCUGCUCGAUAGUGCUCCGUAAAAUUUAAGUGAAAAAGUGCAUUGAAACCACAGGAAACUGUGUGUAAAACAUACAGUGAACUAAAUUAAUACCACCCCAAAUCAUCAAACACCAUCUGCCUACAGCCCAGUGCGGUAAAAAUCGGACCUGAAAAAGUGCAUCCUCACCACCGAAAAACCAUCGCCAUCUUUUAUUUGCUCCCUCGGUGUGGUGCGCAUUAUCGAUUUUUCACCGAUAUUUGGCUGCAGCUGCCACCCAGCAUCCGUUCAGCGCGAUAUCCACACGUAACCCGCCUACAAGAGUGGGGCUUUUGUGUUUCGAGUAUAAUACCGGAAGUUACAACGAAAUCCCACACCGCCCGGGAUUAUCCGUCACACCCUUCGGCCGCAAUCGACGACAUCGAAAAUUACGACCCCGCUACCGUACCACCACACGCGCGCCAUUCAAGCCGUACCGUGCCCUGCGCCCACGACGUUAAUCGCCCACCCACGACGACGUCAAACACGUCGAUGAACUACUGCUACUGCGCUACUACCUCUACUACUACUUCCUACCACACAUAAUCGACGAAAGAGAGAGAGGGAGAAAGAGAAAAAGGGGUUUGUGUGUGUGUGUGAGUUUGCAUCGACGCAAAUCGGCCGUGUGACUUCAGCGCCCGUGUGGUGUGGCUACCUACUACUGGCCUCCCUGCGUACCACGGCGAUCUUCUUCUGCGACAACGGCUUCCGGCAACAUCUAGUUGGCCGGCGAACAAACGACCUGCGUGUUACAGAGAGAGAAAGAUAGAGAGCGUUUUUCGGCAGCGUCGCCUACUACACUAGCAACAGCACUUCGCAUCACGCAUCACGCAUCGAUUGUCAGCGCGCGCAUCAUCCUUCGUGGCGAACCUCGUGCCGUAAGCAAAAUAGCGAACUUAAUUUAGUGGGCCACCUAUAUAACGUAUUGUUUUGUGUGUGUGUGUGUGAGCGUGUGGGGAGACACAACUAGGGGAGUGUAGGGGUGGGGAUUUGUCUAAACAACAAAACCAACCACUGUUUGAUUUGAUUUGAACAGCCCCGCGUCGUCGUCACAGCGCCAGCAAGCGACAAACCUUUCCGCGACACACAACACAUCGGCAAAAAAACAGAAUGAGCGAUCAGAAGGGCACACGCGUCUACGUCGGCAACCUGACCGACAAAGUGAAGAAGGAGGAUCUCGAGGGCGAAUUCACCAAGUACGGUAAAUUGAACUCUGUCUGGGUAGCUUUCAAUCCACCAGGUUUCGCGUUCAUUGAGUUCGAAAACAAGGAAGAGGCGGAAACGGCCUGCGACAAUCUGAACGGCCAGGACAUCCUCGGCUCGAAGCUGCGCGUCGAAAUUUCCAAAGGCCGCCGGAAUCCGCGCGGCGCAUCCCGCGGGUUCCGUGGGCCGCCGGGCCGUAACGGGGGCAGCGGUGGUGGCAGUAUCGGUGGCAGCGGUGGUGGUGGCAGCUUCCGGAAUGGGUCACGCGGCGGUUUCCGGGACGGCGGUGGGUCGAGCUAUCGAAGCGGCAGCAGCGGCGGUGGCGGUGGUGGCAGCUUCCGCGGUGGAAGCCGCAGUUCCGGCCGGUUUGAUGGUGGCUACGGUAGCAGCGGUGGCGGUGGUGGUGGUGGCCGCUCGAGCGGUGGCUACAGCCGGGAUGGUGGCCGCGACGGUGGCUACGGUAGCAGUGGCGGAAGCUUCGGUGGCGGUGGUGGUUAUGGCGGUGGGCGCAGCAGUGGUGGCGGCGGCGGCGGUGGUGGUGGACGCUUCCGUUCACGGUCUCCGGUUGGUGGUCGUGGUCGGUAUUAAAGAUCCGAGCGGCACCGUACGCGUUGAUGGACCGCGGGGCAAGCGCACAGAGAUUCCCCCAACACACCCCCAUACUGCUGGCGUGCAUUCCCAUCGCUCAAAGAGAGUUGGUUAAUAAUUUGUGUUUGAUUCGGUUCAAUUUUCUCGUGGAAAACUCUUGAACGGAGAAGAGUCGAACGUGAUGAAUACAACAAAUGGCCAAUGAUGGAACUAAAGAACAAUUUCAACUAGCAUUUAAGCCAUCGAUUAAAGAAAACAAACAAACACAUGUAUAUUGUAUGACCACCCAGACACACACCCCCCCCCCCCCCCCCAAUAGCAAGCCAUCAGCGUUCCCGUGCUUCGGUAUCGUUUAAGUCUUUCGUUUUGCGUAGAAGAAAGGAUCCAUACACGGGUCGGUUUUUGUGGUUGGACAAAGAAUUGCGAGCGGAGAAUUCUAACACAACGCUAUGCACGAAAGAUACUUACAGUACAGUACAUCGUUUAAUUAUGUUCAUCACAACGUUUCUAAGUUCAUUUAACUUAAGUUCCUUUUGUUUUUAAUUAUCAUAUAUUUUACGAACUCGAACUAAAUGUCGUGUGUUCGAAAGCACACCACCAUUACCGCUAACGGUUGACAGUAUAAUAGCCCACUUUACGUCUCGAAAAAUGGAAAUCUGUAUUUAGAACUUAACAAUUCGUUUUUUUUGUUUGAUUUCACCCGGUUAUGUGAAACCGGAAAGCGAAGCUAGUGUUUAAGGACAUUCAUUUGUAAACCAUUUGUCACAAGCGCCACAACAAACAAUAAUAAUCCAGUAAUCCACCCGUCAGACGCAUCCAUCCUUCCAUGAGCGGAAAGUACAAUUUGUAUCAGUUUGUAAACCAUCACUUCUAAUAAGAACUAUAAAUGAAAUUAUUGUACCACUUCACCGAACUUAAAUGAUCCCCGUGUCCCAUUUGUGAUGUCCGGCGACACAAUAUAAUAUUGCGUCGUUGUCGUCGUUUCCUGAAGAAUUCCCGGAAUGUACUUUGACGCACUACUGAUACAAUCCCUUUUCAAGAGCAAUACAACGAGAGGUGAGAAAGAUGCGAUUUGAAUGUAUAAGCUACAGUUUUGUGUACGUGUUUUAAUGUAUAAAGCUAAAGAAGCAAGACCACAAGCUUACAUUUGCUAAGUCAUGCUACUCUAGAACACUUACUCCUCACGCCGUAACAUCAUUAUGGCUCGAAGGUUGCAAAAGUAAAUAAGUAAAGCAAUAGCAAAAUGGGAGACCAAGAGGCCGUGUUUCUAUCAUCAAUUUUUAGGUUAGAAUAUUUAUGUUUUGUGAAUAUAGUUUUGGUCCCAGCUUUGAUGUGCUCUCGAAGAGUCUUUUUUCUGGUUGGAUCUCAGUAAAGCAAGAAAACUCUACGUGUGCAUAUGUGUGGUUAACAUUGGAAAAGUCCUUUCUCCACACACACGUUCGUACAAAACAAAAGAGAUACCUAUGGUGUGUAUGUAGUGCUUAUACCACUUACACUAGUUAUGGACAAAGAUUAUCCUCCCGUACUUUAGGUGCACCACCCAAUUUCUUCCCGAGUAAAAUGAAACACAAAAAAUGAGAA